AUGAUUGCAGACAAAAAUACUUCUCCGCCCCCUGGUUUUGACCAGAAUUCAGCAGUAACGUCGUGCCAGACUCUCCAUAACCAAUCUCCUACUACGUCCUCGGGUGUUUAUUGGAUUGAUCCUGAUGGCGGAUCCCAGGCCAAUGCUUUCAAGGCUUACUGUGACAUGGAGACUGAUGGAGGGGGCUGGACACUAGUAUGGAGCUAUUCCUUUACUAACUACAAUAAUUUCAAUGAUGAUUCAAAUGCGAGCACUCCAAGACCGAAUUGGCUGGUUAAGGCCAAAGCGGAUGUUUCUGUCUCUACAAAUCCUCCAUUAAAUGAAACAGACUUCAACACCAUGAACGUCUCACUCUGGAAACAACUCGGCAGACAGGUCCUCAUCAAGAGCAACAUAAACAACUGGCUGGUGUGUCAUCCGGGACUUGGCAGCUUGGUUGAUUGGCAGGAAGGUAAUAUCAACUGUACGAUCAUCAAAAACGUGGCUGACCCUAGUGAAUCAUCUCCGGCGCCUUCAAAGUUUUCAGGAAAAACCAACCAUGGGCCGAUACUCUAUCUGAGUGGGUACUGGAGGAGCACCUAUUAUCAUUUUGAUGGUUACACGGGCAGAAAUUGGCCCAUCCAUGAUCCUUUUGGAAGAAAUAGGGCCAACCAAAAGAAAGAUGUUGUUGAUCCACAUGGUAACAUUUUCAUUCGAGCCAUGUAG